AUGGAGGGUCCAUUUGAUGCAGUCGUCGUCGGUGCCGGCUGGUUCGGUCUCGCAGCCGCCAAGGCCUACUCACAACUCCACCCGACCGCGAACCUCGCUGUCCUAGAAGCUGCCGAGUCUUGCGGAGGAACAUGGUCCAAGAACCGCCUCUACCCCGGCUUGAAGUCGAACAACAUGAUUGGGACCUACGAGUACCCUGACUUUCCCAUGUCCGAGUCCGUGUACGGCGUCAAGCCCAACAACCACGUCCCGGGCGCGGUCCUGCACCGCUACCUUACCGAUUUCGCCAAGCACUUUGGCUUCUUCGAUCGCAUUCAGUUUAAUACCGCUGUCAACCUGGUGGAGAGGAAUGGCGAGAAGGGAUGGCGACUUUCUGUUGCCUCACCGGCAGGAGAGCGCGUUAUCCAGACUGAGAAGCUCAUCCUGGCAACAGGGCUGACCUCGACGCCGAACCUUCCAACUUACUCAGGAGCCGAGUCUUUCUCGGGGCCUCUGUUCCAUGCAAAGGACUUCUGCAAGAGGGCAUCAGAGCUCAAAGGAGUCAAGAAUGCCGUAGUCGUAGGCGGGGCAAAGUCUGCAUUCGAUGUUGCCUAUGCCUUGGUACAGGAUGGCGCGCAGGUAGACCUGAUCGUUCGCCCCAACGGCCACGGUCCUGUUUGGAUUGCGCCCCCCUUUGUCACACCUUUCAAGAAGAGAAUGGACCAGUUGCUGAACAUCCGUUGGAUGUCAUGGUUCAGCCCGUGUCCUUGGGGUGGCGAAGACGGCUACUCGGGUGUUCGGCAAUUCCUUCACGGGACCACCUUUGGCCGCUUCAUUGUCGAUUCGUUCUGGAAGGUACUGAGCGGCGACGUUCUCUCGGCCAACGCGUACGACUCUCACCCUGAGCUUCAGAAGCUGAAGCCUUGGCACUCGGCGUUCUGGAUUGGUAGCGGUCUUAGCAUCUUGAACUACGACAGCAGUCUUUUCGAUUUGGUCAAGGAGGGCAAGAUUCGGGUUCACAUUGACAACAUCGAUAGACUGGAGGGCAACAAGGUCUUGCUGUCUUCUGGCGAGCAACUCGAGACUGAGGCGAUUGUUUGCUCCACCGGCUGGAAGAAGGAGUCGACCAUCAAGUUUGCCGGUCUCAACGAGGAGAAGCUCGGCCUGAAAUACUCUGCGACUGAGAAACGGGCUUUAGAUCAAGAAGCGGACGCCAAAGUUCUUGAGCUCUUCCCUCGGCUGGGAGAUCAGCCGAAACUGAGAUUCACCCCUAAGGAGGCAAACCCCUUGCGUUACUACCGCUUCAUGGUUCCCUCCACAAUGGUGGGCUCUCGCGAUCUCGCCUUUGCCGGUAUGAUCUCAACAGUCAGCACUUCAGUCUGCGCCACUAUUCAAGGACACUGGAUUGCCGCCUUCUUGGGUGGCCAGCUAGAUCGUCUCCCUACAUCUGAUCAGGAGAUUACGGACGAGAUUAUGCUGCACACACAAUGGGGCAAGUGGCGUUACCCCUGCGGCUACGGUGCCGACCUUCCUGACUUUGUUUUUGAGGGCUUGCCAUACGUCAACAUGUUGAUGAAGGAUCUUGGAGUAGAGACACACCGCAAGUCAAGUCGCCUUCAGGAGCUUACGUCGCCCUACCUACCGGCUGACUUCCGUGGUCUGGUUGAUGAGUGGAAGCAGGGUCACGGUGCCAGCGAAAUCGAGAUUGCCACACAUAAGGUUGUUACUUCAGGGACGGAUGAAUGA